UCCCCCUCAUUUUCAUCCACUUAUUCUACUUCAAGACCUUCAAAUGACCGAAAAAGGCCAUAUCCUUGUUCUUUAUGCUCAUCUCGAUUUGGAUCCAAAAUGGAAUUAGAAGAACAUCAAAAUUCACAUACAGGCCAAAAACCAUUUCAAUGCGAUGUUUGUCAAUCACGUUUUAAUCGCCGUUCUACACUUUGGAAUCACAAAAGAAUACAUAGUGAUGCAAAACCUUUUAUUUGCACUGUUUGUCAUAUGCAAUUUAAAUGGAAAAAUUCAUUAAAAUGUCACAAGGAAAUGCAUCUUCGAAAAAAUGAAUUACAAGCAAGUUCUUUUCCAGAAGUUGAUGCUACACAAAUGUUGACAUAUGCAACUGCUGCUAAAAAGAAAAUGGUGGGCGAAUUAACUGGCAAAGACCCCUCUACAAUAACUUUACUUCCAACAACAUCAAAUAAUUCUUCUCGAUUUUUAACGUGUGCAGGAACUCCUCGUAAAAGAGCCCCACCUAAAACACAAAAAAACAUCACUAAAAUACAAAAAACUUUUGAAGAAGAAAAUAUAUUACCACCAACAUCCACAACUUCUUCAUUUUCUCUUCCAUUUCUUCCCCAAACUUCUUCAACAUCCUCUCAAAAUUCCAAUUUUUCUCAUCAAUUUUUUGGAAAAGAAAUAAAAAAUAAUGAAAAUCAAAUAAAUAAUUCUGAACAAAUUUUGGAAAAUAAUUUAGUUGGAGAAUCUAGUACAUCUUUGUUAAGACCUCAGCCAUUAACAACAACUUCAUUAAAUAAUGAAUUAAUUAUUUCUAAUCAAAUAAUUACAGAAAAUAAACAAAUAAAUACAACAUCCAAUGCUGGGCUAAGACCGGACUGCCUAGAUUUAUUUCGUUUACACUGUGGAUUAAAUCAAAAUAAUUCAACAUCAGAACAACAACAACAACAAUUAUUACUUCUACAACAACAACAACAAAACAAUACACAACAAUUUAUUUCUCCCCAACAUUUACAAUUAAUUAGCCCAACAACAACAAAUAAUUACUCUUCUUCUUCUUCUUCUAAUCAACAACAACAACAACAAUUAAUUGUUCAACAAAAUUUUCCUUUAGAUUUGUUAGCUUGUUGUAAUAAUAAUGGAGGGGGGAAUACUUCUAUUUUAGAUUUUAAUUUAAAUAAUAAUAAUUUCGAUUCUACAAUAACACAAAAUAAUAAUUUAUUUGGUUUAGACUUAAAUUCAAUUGCUACAAAUGAUUCCAAUAAUUUAAUUUCACAUAUAAAUUCAUCAACCGGUGUUAUUGACCAAUUUAAUAUUCAAAAUCAAAAUUCUUUUUGCAACACAACAGCAGCAAACUCUUCUGUUGCAACUACAGUACUUAAUAAUUAUCCGUUUGACUCAGCAUCUGUUCGUUUUCUGGCAGCUGCCGCAGAAAUUUCAUCUUCACAUCAACAGCAACAAAAAACUAAUUUAAAUACAGACAUUCAACAACAACAACAAAUAUUAAUUCCAACAAAUUCAAUUAAUUAUGGAGGAAUGUUUUGUUCUCCAACAAAUAAUAACACAAUAAAUGUUGACGUUUCUUCUAUUUCAAAUAAUUAUAAUUUACAACAACAUUAUAAUAAUCAAAUAAUACAAAGUAAAAUAAAUUAA